AGCAGCAGCACCACCACCAGCAGCACCACCACCACCACCAGCAGCAGCAGCAGCAGCAGCAGCAUCCUUCCGGGGUUGAACGGGAAGCAGCAGCGCCCAUCUGCGAUCACGCCGCGGCGGCGGAGACACACGCAGAUAGUUGAAUGAACUGCGGAGCAGGCAGAGCAGGCGAAGACACACGCGCACGGAGCGGAUGAAACAAGACGUGAAUGGAGCGACGUGAGCGGCGCACGGCCGAGAGAUCGACGCAUGCGAUGGAACAUUAGCCGGGAAUCUGCAUCCGUCCUCAGUCCUGCAGUGAGUGUUCGCACGGCAGCCCUCGCACGCGUGCUGCUACCGCUGUAACACCGGCCACCGCGAACGACGAUGACGCUGCCGCGUAGUGCGUGCGAUCUCUGCGUCAUGACGCUGCUCACCUGCGCCGCCUGCCUAUGCGCGACGUCGGCAGCAGCCAUCAGCGGCUGGUCGUCGCGCAAGAGCGACGACGCGUCGGCGCCCGUGAGCGACGCGACGCAGGGCUUCCUCAUGCAGUUCGGCUACCUGCCCGAGGCGACCGUUGAGACGGGCAGCCAGCUGACCGACGAGCAGAUAUCGCUCGCCGUCAAGACGAUGCAGGAGUACGCCGGCCUGCCGCCGACGGGCGUCGUCGACAACGCGACGCGCGCGCUCAUGGCGCGUCCACGCUGCGGAAACAAGGACACGACAGCCCUCUCGCGGCUGCGACGACGCGGCGGGGGACGUCGCCGGCGAUACGUGCACCAGGGCUCGCGCUGGCACAAGACGGACCUGACGUACAAGGUGGUCGCCUACACGGCGCACGUGCAUCCCGUCGAAGUGGAGAACAUCGUCUAUCGGGCGCUGAAGCUGUGGCAGGACGUCUCCUCGCUGCGCUUCUAUCCCGCGCAUCCGAGCGGUGACGCCGACAUUCGUGUGUCCUUCGCGCGCGGUUACCAUGGCGACGGCUACUCGUUCGACGGGGCGUCUGGCGUGCUCGCGCACGCCUUCUUUCCGGGACCCGAUCGCGGCGGGGACGCGCACUUCGACGAGGAUGAGCAAUGGUCGAAGGACGGCGGCACGGGCGUCAACCUGUUUGCCGUGGCGGCGCACGAGUUCGGACACAGCCUGGGAAUGGAGCACUCGAAUGACGUCAACGCACUCAUGUUUCCCUACUACCAAGGCGCCGAGCAUCUGAUGCAGCUGCCGUACGACGACAUGCUGGGAAUCACGCAGUUGUACGGCUACAAGGACAGCCGCUCGCAACCUCCCCCGCCGACCGCUUCCCGACCACAAACGCCCUAUUAUCCAGCGGCGACACCCUCCCGACCUCAAACCCCCUCCCCUCCUCCCCAGCACCCGUACGAUCCGCGAAAACCGACGAAACCACGUGAGCCCUACCAUCCGCGACGUCCGCAGCCGACGCGGCGACCUGCGCCGACGCUGCCGACGACGCGAGUGACGUCACCGCGCGAGCCGACGGCGGCGGUAAUUCCGACGACGACGACGGCCGGCCCGACGAUGAUCGACGCGUGUCCGACCGACUACGACGCGAUCUCGGUCAUCCGCGGCGAGCUGUUCAUCUUUAGGGGGCGCCACUUCUCGCGCCUGCGCGAGCCGCGACACGUCUUCGAGAGUUACCCGGCCGACGUGCGCUACAUGUGGCACGCGCUGACGCCGCGCGACUUCACGCGCGUCGACGCCGUCUACCAGCGGCCCGACGAGUCGAUCGUCAUCUUCGAGGGUCCGCGAUACUGGAUCUUCGACGGCGUCGACGUCGUGUCGGGCUACCCGCAGCCGCUCAGCGACCUUGGACUACCUGCCGACCUGCCGCGCGUCGACGCGGCGAUGGUGUGGGGCUACAACAAGAAGACAUACCUGUUCAGCGGCACGAUGUACUGGCGAUUCAACGAGGAUGACCACCGCGUCGAGUACGACUAUCCGCGCGACAUGCGGCUGUGGAGCGGCGUGCCGUACAACAUCGACGCCGCCUUUCAGUGGACGGACGAGAAGACGUACUUCUUCAAGCGGCACGAGUACUGGCUUUUCGACGACACGGAGAUGGCCGUCGCCGAGGAUUACCCGCAGAGCGCCGCGCGCGACUGGAUGGGCUGCGAGCUCGCGUGGCUGCCGGAAACGGAAGCGCUCGCCGGUGAAGCGGACGACGCGUCGAGCGCGCGUAGGCACGUCGGCGGGCUGAGUCUAGCAAUAUCGCUGUGCGCAUGCGCGCGGGUCUUCUCCUAGAAGGAGACGUGACUGCCGAGGAGCGCUGAGAUUUUCUCUCUCUCUUCUCUUUACUUGCUCUUACUUUCGCUUUUACUCUCCUUGAGGAUAUGCCGGCGAACAUUGGCAGCUGACGAUCAGGGGAUUAGUAAGGGAGGAGGGCCUCCUGUAGGACGCACGAGGCGUAUUUAAUUAUCUCCGUCGUUUUACUGUAUUGACUGGAACUGUGGCUCAAGGCUGUUAAAAAUGAAUGACGCCUGUAAUUCUGUCCGGGACAGCGUGUUUGUCUUUCCCAGUCAUCGCACACGGAUUGUAUAUACUAGAUCGACGAAGAUAAGUGCAGAAAUAUUUUGCGGGGUAUAAACACUCUUCGAACCACUUAGGACCUUGUUAUGACCUAAGUUCGGCGACGUUACUCCUUUGCCAAUGCAAUAGAUUUUGCUGUCCUUGGGCAAACAUAUACAUGGCUGAACAUUGCCGAUGAGUGACCAGGAGACUGUAUUAUGGGCGCAGACGGGGAGAUCAGAUGAUUUAAAGAUACGACGUAUCACUUUACUGUAUUUGUAUUUGAUCGCUACAGAGUUUCUCCAGCGACCCUCGGGGGUAACACGCCCCCGUGACGGAUCGCCAUUGCUGCUUCUGUUUCAAUAUUGGUCAGGGUCAUGAAGAUGUUGUAUAACAGCAGAGGGCUUCUGCCUGAAUAAUCAUCGAACAGGGAUUAAUUAAAAAUACUUGGAGAGUUUCGGCGCAUACAUGACAUACACGUUAUUCAUGCUAAAUAACCACAGAUUCAAAAUCCAAUAUUCACUCAAAACUUUUGCCGUUUUGCUUUCGAUAAAUUUCAGCAUGUAGUCGUAUCCCGUUUGAAGCAGAAAAAUGGCUAAAUUGCGUGUACUAUAACAUCGCACUCACUCACGUACCACGUACGGCACAGAAUCGCAUGGUCGGUUUCUACCUGCUGCCAUAUAUAUAUAUAUAUAUAUAUAUAUAUAUAUAUAUAUAUAUGCGUGUGAGUGUCAGUGAGUGUGUGCGUGCGUGCGUGUGUACAUCACCAUCAACGCUGACCUUUUCUGAAGGGACCGCAGUGAAUGAAUUAGUGCAAUGUUUAAAGGUGCUACUCUUUGUAUCAAUGAUGUCGUUAGCGUGAAUGCUAGAUGGAACUGUAGCGGAGUUCCCUGUCAUUGUUCGAUAUUUGUGGCCUAUGCGGGCCGUAAGAAUGUAUAAACUUCUCAACAA